AUAAAGAUAAGGCAAAUGUGGCAGUGAAUAUAAGAUAUAGUGGGCCUAUCAUGGAAAAGCUAAGACAUUGAGCUGUCUGAGUGGAAAAGUACAGUACUGUGUUAAAGUCCAACUGCUGAGAAGCCUCAGUGGAAAUAUACUAUGUGAAUACUGUGUGCAACAAAAACGCGGGGUCAACCAGAUUAAGAACAGAGGCAUCCUGUUAUGUCCAAACUGAUAAGCCACAAGGUUGCAGAACUCAUUAUUCUCACACUAAAUCACCCACCAAGCAGGCGCAACAGUUCACAAGGGAAGUCUUGUGAGUGAAACCAGAUAAGGAAGUGAGUGAAAGCAAAUAAGGAAGUAACAAAAGCGCGCCGAAGGCUAACCUAAGAGUUGCUAGGGUAGCAACGGCAGAUUACACCACAAGAAAGCAGCGAAGGUGGGGGCUCCGCUAGGAACAGUAUAUAAGCAGGAUGUAUUCAGUACUCGAGGCUCUCUUCAACUGGGAUCUUACACUCACGAGCUUGUCACGGUGAGAACUCAAGAAGGAGUCCAAGGCGCUUUGUGGUAUAGUAUCAGAUUGAUGUAUCUUUGUUGAACUGUGUAAUAAAGUGCUUAUUUGAAGAAACAAUCCAUUGGAGUGCAAAGUCUAGUUUUGUACAGCUAACAGAGAAUAGUGUCUAGGACACAAUUCCUUUUCCCUCAGAACUAAGAAACGGUCAUCGGCAGAUCCGGACAGCGACCCCGCUCUAGCCAUAUCCAAACGAUCUGCGCGGAGGACGGACCUGGUCCGGUAGACUCCAACAGCUUGGUGACCCUGACGUGAUGGUCUAGAGCAGGUAGUCUGGACACCGAUGACCUUCUGAGAGGACACCAAAAAACAUUGAGUUUACGGCUUUUACAAGAAACCAUCUCACACAAUCAAAAACCCGGGUAACUCAGAAUCAAGGUAAGCAUCUGCCUGUUACAACAAAUAGAUGUGUUUGAAAUACCACUACAUUUUAGGAUUGUGUGAAAAUGGCAGAAAUAAUUGUCUCAGCUAAAAAGUAAAGAUAAAACGUAAAUAAAAUUGUGUGCACUAAAUAGAUCAACAGGGGCAUAAACAAAUCUGUGGUGAGAAGCGGGUGAAACCCGUAAUUUAUGAGGAUCCGCCGCGGUCCAAAGGGAAGGUGUAAACCUGGUCGCCGUACCAGUAGCCAUAGUACAGUGUAAAACUAGGCAAGGCCCUAGUAUCUAAGGAAGGUGUAAAACUGGUCGCCGUACCAGUAGCCAUAGCACAGUGUAAAACUAGGCGAGGCCCUAGUAUCUAAGAAAAGGUAGAAGACUAGCAAAAGAUGCUAGCAACCAGAGAAUCUAAUAAAGAAAGAUAAGGAAAAGUAGAAAAUGGAAGGCGAAUUUGCGAGAGAAGAAGCACUAGGCUUCAAAAUCCCAGAUGUACGUCGCGAGGUUUGGAAAGAAUGGGUGGAAGAAGGACAAAAGGAAGUUGAGAAAAAGGAUCACAAAAAAUGGGAAAAAGGGGUAGCAAAAUUGUACCGAAAAUUGACAGAUAAUGGCAUACUGACAGCACACAGACAAAGAACUAAGGAUACAAAAGGAGAGUUGUUAGGAGGGAAAGAUACGAAAGGAAUGUUCAAAAAAGCCACCAAAGGGCUAGAAGAAGAGCUCUGUCGUCACAAGAGCAUAUACCCAGGGCGAUGGUCACUCAAAAAGAAAGCACACCAAAACCAACAAGAAAAACUAGAACAACUAAUUAGGACCUCAUAUGCCAUGGUCUCAGCCGCUGGCCGCCUGGAAGAAACAAAUAAAACCACCCCGGCCACACAAGCCCCCCUAGUAGCCGCGCCAGUAGCAGCACCGGCAGUUCAGGGCGGCUGUCACUAUUGUGGAAAACCAGGGCAUUACAUAGCAGCUUGCCGAGCCCUAACAGCAGAUAAGAACGCAGGUACGGUAAAGGCCUAUGCACAUCCCAGACCUCAACAAGCAGGGGGAUUCAGAGGAAGGGGAGGACCUGGCCGAGGGGGACAACAGUCAAGAGGGGGCUACCAACCGGAGCAGGUGGCCCAAGGCGUUUAUUAUCCAGCAGGACCUCCACAAGCACCCCCACCGGCAUUUCCCCAAACCCAACCCCCUCCACAACAGUGUCCCGUAUUCGGAGAUUAUGAGUACGACCAGGACCAGUACAUGACAUAGGGAGUCCUAGGAACCCCCACUAUGAGAGGCCUAGCGGAGCCACUCAUACCUGUCACAGUGUUAGACAAACAACUGCCUUUCUUGGUGGAUUCAGGGGCCAGGUAUUCUACCCUAAAAGACCCUAAGUACCAGUCACAGGCGUCACACAACACAGUGGCAGUAGUAGGGUUUUCAGGACAAAUAGAACAACUUCCGCUUACCCAUAAACUCCCAUCUAGCAUCGCUGGGCAGACAUUCCAACACCCAUACCUCCUCUCACCCCAGUGCCCAGCUAACCUGUUAGGAAGAGACAUCCUCAUAAAAGCAAAUGCCUCCAUCUUGUGCUCCCCAGACGGAUUGAAAGUCACAUUCCCCAAUGGUGCAUUCUAUAACUGUUCUGCAACCAUAUCAUCGCAUUCCCAGAUGUUGUUAGCACAAUCCUGUAGUCCAGCGGCCUUCCAAGAAACAACCAUAUAUUGGGGUCUGCUGACCCGCCCUCUGGAAGAGGCUAAGGCCAGAGAUUCGUUAUAUGGGAAGUUCUCCCUUUGGAAACCUUGGAUACAGGCCAUACAUCCCUACAGCCCCCCAAAAGACCCUCCCCAUGUCACCUUCUUCUACUCUCGCUCACCAUUUGACGAAACGUUUGCUGAAGAAUGGGAUGACAAAAAGUAUGACCAAACUGAUGGGGUAUGCACAGGGAAAAUUUUCAUAUCAGAAGUAGGGGUGGCAGCGGAAGUAUUCCUCGACCUUGAUCAAGACUACUGGUACAGAAUGGGACCAGAGUCGGUUCCCCACAUAACCCUAUUGUUAGGCCCCGCCUCAGAAGCAAGAUCAUUGGGCCCCUUUGUAAAAAAGGCCCAAACAGCCACAGACUGGAUACCUACAGACAUCCCACAGGUCGAAUACUCACCCUCACUCAAAGCACAUGCUAUCUCACACUCAUCAGAGGAAGGCAUUAACUAUGAGGAAGUCCCGGUGGUCAGAGACCACCACAUGGAUAAACAGGACCAUCCCGACACACAGAGCAUGUUUGAUAAACUACCAGGACAUCUUUGGUCAAAAGAUCCAUACGACGUAGGACAUUGCAUCCUGGCCGAACCAGUGCGAUUCCAAUACACAGCUGACCCACUAGUUUACGCCCCCCAAUACCCUAUGGCCCAAGCGGCGAAAGAGGGUAUUGAUGAAACCAUAGACGGACUAAUAAGAUCAGGGGUAUUGGAAGACUCAACAGACUUACAGUGGAACACUCCCAUACUCCCAGUAAAGAAGGCAGGGGCAGCCAGAGCCAAAGGACACACAGAGGAAGCUGAGGGCAGCAGGGACGCUGAAUAUGUCCGCCUGAAGACGAUCAAACCCAAGUGGUGUGCUCCAAGGUUCUCUGAACCACUAAAGGUAACCCAGCGAACAGAUCAUGCAGUCAGAGUAGACGGAAAAGGAGACACGUGGUACCACUGGAGCAGGUGUGUGGAAGCACCAGCACCUACCAGGACCCUCGCUGACACCAUCCAGGACCUAGGCCAACUGAACAUCAGGCAAACAACCGAAGCCCCCCAACCCCCAAGUGUGGACAUCGACUCCUCUUCCGAGGAGGAGGAGACAACAGGGGAACCAAUGGCAGCCCAGGAGAUAACAGCCGGCGAGGAGGCACAACAAGGGACCGCUCCCCCAAAGUAG